AUGGGCUCACAAAUCGCAGAGCCUGAAGAAAUUAACGUGCUCGUCACGGGCUUUGGUCCCUUCAGGGAGCAAUACCCCAUCAACCCUUCGUGGGAGAUCGCCAGCAGUUUGCCGUCACAUCUGCCACCAUUGCGCGCCAAAGACCCUAACUCGAGGCAUGCGGCUAUUCUUCCACCAGACGUGCGCAUCUCGGUGCACCCAGAGCCUAUCCGAGUCAACUAUCAAGUUGCGAGAGGUCUAGUACCGUCGUUCUACAAUACACCACGGCCAUUCGACGUUGUUAUCCACAUCGGUAUGGCGGGUCCGCGACCAUUCUACUCCAUCGAGAGGCGAGGUCACCGUGACGGGUACAAACACCCAGACGUUGAUGGGGAAUUUGUUGACUCGGAGGAAGACCGUCAAAAGGAUGACUGGCCCUGGCGAGGACUACCAGAGGAGAUAGAAACCGAGCUGGAUCUCGACCAGGUUCUUUCUCUAUGGCAAGGGCACAGUUCAAAGUAUGAUGAUGUUCGCAUAUCCGAAGACGCAGGGCACUUCUUGUGUGACUUUAUCUACUACUCGAGUUUGUCAGAGCUGUGGAAGCAGAAGAGGCCAAGAAAGGCAGUGUUCCUCCACGUUCCGGCAGAUGCUUCUCCUUCAAGUAUUGAACGAGGGAGGGACUUGACAUUGAACCUGAUACGAUCCAUCGUCGAGAGCGAGAUUGUUGCCAAGAACAAACCUCCGGAAAGCAAGGUUGGAGACGAAGAGUUGUGA